AUCCUCACACUCACUGGUCACACAGUCGCACCACCUCCUUUCUCUCUCUGCGUGCACUCUCAGUCUCUCAUCAAGAUUCUCAUAGAAAACGCCGUCGUUCGAGGAAGGGUUUUAGUCACCACCUUUUCAGUCUUCCAUUCUUUACCGCUCUCUAUUCUCCGAUCCAACAAUGGCCGUUCCAGCUACGGUUGCCGCUGCUCAGUCUUCGCUUUACGUUGGAGAUCUUCAUCCUGACAUCACCGACACCCAACUAUUCCAGGCCUUCCGUGAAUUCGAAAGCCUCUCUUCCGUCCGCGUCUGCAGGGAUUCCAUGACGAGGGCGUCGCUCCGUUACGGUUACGUCAACUUUAUGUCUCAGCAAGACGCAAACCGAGCUAUUAAAGUGAAAAAUAAUUCUUAUCUCUUUGGAAAAGUGAUAAGGGUCAUGUGGUCACAUCGCGAUCCUAAUGGAAGGAAAAGUGGCAGAGGGAAUGUGUUUGUUAAGAACUUGGCAGAAUCAAUAGAUAAUGCGGUGCUACAUGAUUUAUUUCAAAAAUAUGGAAAUGUUUUGUCCAGCAAAGUAGUCGUGUAUGACGAUGGGAAGAGCAAAGGGUAUGGCUUUGUUCAAUUUGAAUCGGAGGAAUCUGCAAAUAGUGCCAUUGAGAAGUUGAAUGGCUCUACCGUGAGAGACAAACAGAUAUAUGUUGGGAAGUUUGUCAGAAAAGGUGACCGCAUUUUGCCCGGUUAUGAUUCCAAGUAUACAAAUUUGUACAUUAAAAACUUGGAUUCGGAUAUUACGGAAGCACUUCUUCGGGAAAAGUUCUCCACUUUUGGAAAAAUUAUUAGUUUGGCUAUCGCAAAGGACGACAAUGGGCUAUCCAAGGGUUUUGCAUUUGUUAACUAUGAUAGUCCAGAUGAUGCUAGAAAGGCGAUGGAAACAAUGAAUGGAUCGCAAUUUGGUUCAAAGAAUCUUUAUGUGUCUAGGGCGCAGAAGAAGGCUGAACGUGAGCAACUCUUGCAUAAUCAAUUUGAGGAAAAACGCAAGGAGCAAAUACAGAAAUCAAAGGGCUCCAACCUUUAUGUGAAGAACAUUGAUGACGCUGUUGGUGAAAAAGAACUACGAGAUCUGUUUAGUUCAUGUGGCACAAUCACUUCUGUAAAAGUUAUGCGAAAUGAAAAAGGGAUAAGCAAGGGGUUUGGUUUUGUCUGCUUCUCCAACCCUGAGGAGGCUAUUAAAGCUAUGAGCACUUUUUAUGGAUGCAUGUUCUAUGGUAAGCCACUGUAUAUUGCUUUCGCGCAGAGGAAGGAGGAUAGGAAAACACAGCUGAAGCUCCACUAUGCACCCCAACAAGCACGAUUGAAUGGAUCUCCUGCUACAGUUAUCCCUCCUGGCUUUACACCUUACUUUUAUCCAAAUGUUACUUCACAUGUGUUUCAAUCUGGGCUUUUGUAUCAACCUCUGGGAUUGGGAUCAGGAUGGAGGGCUAAUGACUUUACGCCUCCUACUAGACCAUUUCAACCAUCACAGGUUCCUAUUGUUCCUAGCACUAAUAGGAAUCGUAGGCUAAAUAGGGGCAUGAUGAAUGGGCAUAUGAAUUCAAUGGGAAAAGCUCAAACUGGUGUAUAUAUCCCGCAACUGCAGCACUAUUAUCAGCCAUUGGACUCAAGAGAGUACAUGGCAGCUUAGCUGCGAAGAUUCCAGGAAUGCUUAUGGAGAGACACUUCCUCCAAAAGUGACGUGUUGUUGUGCUCUGUUGACGAUUUCAACCUUGAGAUGAUACCAGUUUUGGAGCUUAGAUCAUGACAUGGUAGAAGCUUCCAAUAACUGAGAUAUCUGAUAAAUGAGAAUAAACGGAAUGGGAACAACUCUUCUUUCUUUGUCAUAGUAUUGAUACUGAAUAAUUGAUGGUAUCUUUCGGGGUAAACUUUGUUUGAAUUUUGAUUACAUGGAUAAUCUUGGAUUCUUGUAUGAAUUUUCAUCUUUUUCGUUAAGAAAUGUCUUUCACCCCA